GUAGUGAUAAGUUAAUUGACCAAAGAUUAAUUCCGAAAGGAUGCACAUUGAUGAAGAAGAUGACGAGGAUAUGGGUGAAUGGGAGGCAUUGAGAACAAUUGAGGAAUUCGACUAUGUUCCCACCGGCACAGAAGCCGCAACAACCCGAGAAAUUGAUGGUGGCGAUGGGGGUGCAAUGGAGAUGGUACCACUGAAACCCCUGACACCUGUUAGUUUGCUUGUGGAGAGUCUCCUGCAGCAACUAUGUAAUCUCCUUGAGGUGGAUUCGGUGCGUUCGCAGUUGCUGUACAAAUCAAUCUGUGAGCAAUUGCAGCAGAUGAAUUUGAUUGAUGAUUCCUGGGAAAUGGGGGAAUUUGAGGCGAUGCGAAGUCAAUACCAACGAGCACUCUUUCAGCUCGUUGCCGUUGCUCGUGGGCAGGAUUUACCGCAAUCCCUGCAAACUGUCUGGCCACUGGCAUCUGCACGUCAGUUGGAUUGGUCGCGGUACCACAGGGAUUUUGAGGAGAUUGAAUUUAUUGCCGGCGGAGGCUUUGGGAAGGUUUAUCGCUCAAGGAAUAGACUCGAUGGUAUUGAGUAUGCAAUUAAGAAGGUUCUAAUCCGUUCCACGAGUGUCGACAAGGUGUUGUCGCACCUGAAGGAGGUGCGUACCUUUGCGGGGCUCAAUCACGUGAAUAUUGUACCGUACAAAGCUGCCUGGAUGGAGCCCCUCAUGUCCUACGAUGGAGAUUCCGUGCUGUCGAAUAUGAAUCAACAAGAGGACACAGAGAGCCUGUCUCCGGCGCCAAAUUCAACGGUUGACGAUACAGAAAAUGACUCUGUGAUAUUUGCCGCCGCCAGUGAGAGCAACAACAACCACGUGCCACCACUGGAAUGGACGAAUACGCAAUCCCGGCAAUCCCACAGGGUGGGUCCCAAUAGAACCAUUAGCAUUGAGGAACAUCAACCACAUGUGAAGCUUCGUUGGGCCAUGCUCUACAUCCAAAUGUCGCUGUGCCAGCUAACCCUACGCGAAUGGAUGGAUCGUCGCAACAGUAGUCAGGAUUUCUCCAUGUUCUACGCACAAUUUAUCUCCGAAGGAUCUCAAUCACAAUUCCCAUGCCUUCCGGCAACGCCCAAUUCUACGGACACCCCAAAACCCGAAGAGCAUCUCGUGCAAGUUUCUCUGGAGAUCUUUCAGCAGUUAAUCAAUGGACUGAGAUACAUCCACGAAUGCCGGAUUGUUCAUCACGACAUUAAGCCUAGUAAUGUAUUUGUGGGUGUAAGCAAUUGUGGGAGUCUCAUCAUUCAGCUGGGAGACUUUGGUCUCGCCUGCCCUCUGGAGAGUUCCCAUCGUGAUGGUGCAAUGGGCACGCCACUGUAUGCCGCCCCUGAGCAACUUGAUGGGCAGUGUGAUCCCAAGAGUGACAUCUACAGCCUCGGAAUCAUCCUGCUUGAACUUCUCAUUCCCUUUACAACUGACAUGGAACGUGCUCGAGUAAUGGAUGAUGCUAAACACGGUCGAUUGCCAUCGAGUCUUCCCCCGCAGCUUGCUCAGCUGAUCCUACGUCUGCUCGACAAGCCAUCCGUGCGUCCAAGUUCUGCAGAAUUGUGUGUCAUUGCCACGGAAAUGCUUGUAAAUCGCGGUUGUGGUGUAGCCAUUGCGGAGCUUGAGCGUAGACUGAGUGAAAAAGAUGAGGAGAUUCUAAAUCUUAAGAGUCAGGUGGAACAGAGUGAACGCUACAAGGAUAUACAGCUCAAGACAAAGGAUAUGGAAAUCCUUGAAUUGCAUAUGCGGUACGAGGAGGAGAAGAAAACGCGUGAGGAGGAGAUUCGAGUUCUCAGAGAACGUCUAAACUCCGUAACAGUGAAGGAAGGAACCGAUGAGGAGGAUAACACCAAUAAGGAAUGAUCUCCUUCCAGAGCAAUGAGCGCAUCGAGAGUACCUUAUUGGAAUUUUUAUGACCAUUUUGUGACACACAAAAAAUGAUCUUUUUAAGUAUUUGCGAGUUAUCACAAUUAAAUUGUCUCUAUAAACCAA